AAUUGAUCAUUGUGUCCUUUGCCUUUGGAAACUGCAGAGGGUCAUUUCGGAGAUAAUUCGUGUGUGUUUUGGAAAGUUAUCUGUGAAGACAAAUUACGAUUGAAAAGUGGAAACGAGACCGGCCAGGAUUUUUACCAUCGAGAAUUAUGGCGUCCGGAUUUAAUUUUGGUCAGGCAACCCCAGCAGCGAAACCCGCGGGAUUUACGUUCGGAUCUUCGUCCGCAGCCCCCGCGGCCGCUACGCAAGCCCCUGCUGCAACCCCCUCUGCCGGUUCAAGCUUUUCAUUCGGUCUUGGAGGAGCGACGAGUUCCACGCAACCAGCAACUGGCAGCUCGACGAUGGGAUUUUCUUUCGGCUCGAAUUUAGGCGGUGUGGCAUCAACGACCGCGCCUGCCGCAGCCCCAUUAUCAUUCGCGACCACUACGACUCCCGCUCCAUCUUUUGGGAGUUUCGGUGCUGCCACUGCGGCACCAACAACUUCAGGAGGGCUUCCCUUCGCCUCAUCGAUUCCGUCUAGCAGUAGCGGCGCAGUCACUACGACAACACCUGCGACAGGAAUUUCCUCCGGGAUUCCAUCUGCUGCUCCGUCUGCUGGACUAUCGUUCGGGACUCCUGCG